AUGGGUGAAGAAGAAGUUGAAAAGCAUAUUUUGCGCAAGUAUGAACUGCUGCAAAAGCUUGGCAAAGGCGCCUACGGCAUUGUGUGGAAAGCAAUUGAUAAAAGUAAUCGUCAGGUAGUAGCAUUAAAAAAAUGUUUUGAUGCCUUUCGUAAUGCUACCGACGCUCAACGGACUUUUCGUGAAGUCAUGUACUUGCAAGAGCUUCAUGGACAUCGUAAUAUUAUUCGAUUGCUGAAUGUUGUCAAAGCUGACAACGACCGGGAUAUUUAUCUCGUCUUCGAUUAUAUGGAGACGGACUUGCAUGCUGUUAUCCGGGCUAAUAUCUUGGAGGAAAUUCACAAGAAGUACAUAAUUUACCAAUUGCUGAAGUCACUUAAGUACAUGCACACUGCCGAGUUGUUGCACCGUGAUAUUAAGCCAAGCAACGUUCUACUGAAUUCGGACUGCCACAUUAAACUGUGCGAUUUUGGACUUUGUCGUUCUGUAGCCGAGAUAAGUGGACCCAAUCCCGUUCUUACGGAUUAUGUUGCCACACGAUGGUAUCGUGCACCUGAAAUUCUGCUGGGGUCGACCAGGUACGCCAAGUCAGUGGAUAUGUGGGCUGUUGGUUGUAUAGUGGCUGAAAUGGCCACUGGACGUCCUGCUUUUCCUGGUACAUCGACAAUGAAUCAGCUCGAGCGAAUUUUGGAUGUUACUGGAUUCCCAACUCAAGGCGAUAUCGAGAGUAUACGAUCGCCUUUUGCCAGUACCAUGUUAGAGAGUUUGCCUAAGCCGAAGCCAAAGCCCUAUGAUGAACUUUUUCCAAAGGCCUCACUAGAAGCAUUGGAUCUUAUCAAACAGUGCUUUUGGUUCGAUCCGUCUAGAAGAAUUUCGGUAAUUGAUGCAUUGAAGCACCCUUUUGUGGCUCAAUUUCACAACGAUAAAGAUGAGCCUAGUGCUCCAGCUCCUUUACAAAUUGUCGUAGAUGACAACACCAAAAGUUAG